AUGUUUCCCAUACUACCGCUGGUCCGUCGAAUGUCCUAUCUUGCAUCUAGAUACACUGGACGAGGUGAUGUACAUGUGGUAGAUCCUGCAGUCGAUCUGAGGUAUAUCUUUGAGGAUACCGAGAAGUUGCGUCGUUCACUAGAGGAGCGUCGUAGUAAUGUUGAUAUUACCCAAGUGAAGGAAAAUUAUGACGCAUGGCUGGACAAGUAUCAAACAUGGAAAGCGUCGGCUGAUCAGUCUAAGGUAGUUUAG